AUGGUGGCCGCACUGCAGUAUGCACGUCGCGCCGUCACGUGGCUGCGCGCCCGGGUGCUGCAGACGUUAUUGACACCACAUCUGUCGUCGCACUACAAGCUUCUGGACGGGCCCGUGCUCGGCGUGGGCUUUGCCGGCACGGUCGUGCGGGCGAUCCACCUUGCAUCGGGCACGGAAGUCGCGAUCAAGCGCCUCCGACCGCCAUCGCACGGCUCGCUUGCCGACUACUUUUGCAAUGCGCACAACGAAGUGACGUGCUUGGAGCGCGUCGCUGGCCACGCGCAUGUCGUCUUGCUCCUUGAGCGCUUUGCGACGGCGCACACCUUUGAUAUGGUGUUUCCGCUCGCGCCGCAUGGAAACCUCGGGCACUACCUGCGUGUGCACGGCGACAUGCCCGAGAUGGCGGCCAAGUCGGUCGUCCAGCAAGUGCUGGCCGCGGUCGCCCACUGCCACGCCCAGCACAUUGUGCAUUGCGACAUCAAGCUUGAAAACAUUUUCAUCCGUCACGUCCACCCGCCGUGGCAAAAGCUCGUCGUGCAGCUGGGCGACUUUGGCUUUGCUACGAUCAUGGACGAGACACGGCUUCUCGAAGGGCUGUGCGGCACGCCCUUGUACGUGGCCCCCGAGAUGUUGGCUGGCGAGCCGUACUCGAUGGCCGUGGACCUCUGGAGCGUCGGCGUCGUGGCGUACAUUCUGUUGGCGCAUGGGAUGCCAACGAGCCCGCGCGGGUUCCAGUACCAGCGCCUACCCUCGAUCGCAGCCCAAGCGUUCGUGCAGGCGCUCUUGCAGCGAUGCUGUCCCACGACUACUUGA